UUUUGACCGGAAGUGACACAACCUUUCUAGCUGUCAUGGCGGAAAAGAGAGUUGUUUGGAGGCUUCCUCUGUUUUUGUUAUUAUUUUCAGUGGCUCUCUUGCAUUUAUUUGUAUGUCCAUUUACAAAGGUUGAAGAAAGCUUUAAUUUGCAAGCAGUGCACGAUAUUUUGUAUCACAGACUUGACAUUGACAAGUACGACCACCAUGAAUUCCCUGGUGUGGUGCCAAGGACGUUUAUUGGCCCUCUAUUUCUCUCAAUUUUCUCCUCCCCCGUUGUGUUUCUAUCACUCCAGCUGGAUAUUCCAAAAUUCUACACACAGCUCAUAGUCCGUGCCUCCCUGGGAUUUUGUGUUGUUGGUGCAUUAUGGCACAUGCAAAAAGAGGUGAAGAGGCAGUUUGGUUCAACAGUCGCAGGACUCUUCUGUUUGAUGUGUGUGUCACAGUUUCACCUGAUGUUCUACAGCACCAGGACUCUCCCGAAUGUAUUUGCUCUACCACUAGUGCUUGUUGCGUUUGCAUCUUGGAUGGCUCAGAAACAGGGCCGCUUCAUCUGCCUCUCUGCUUUUGUCAUUAUUGUGUUCCGCUCGGAGCUCUGCAUCUUCAUGGGUCUCAUGUUGUUGAUGUCGUUGCUGAGCAAAAAGCUAGGAAUUCUGCAGGUGCUUUACUAUGCUGUUCCUGCUGGGAUGUUAUCACUUGCUCUAACUGUGGCCGUUGACACCUUCUUUUGGAGAACAUUUCUGUGGCCUGAAGGUCAGGUUUUGUGGUACAACACUUUUCUCAACAAAAGUUCCAACUGGGGAACCUCCCCCUUCCUCUGGUAUUUCUACUCCGUGCUGCCCCGUGCCCUCGGCUGCUCAAUGCUCUUUAUCCCACUGGGUCUUCUUGACAGAAGAAUGAGAAUCAUUUCGCUUCCGACAAUCGGCUUCAUCCUCAUCUACUCACUGCUGCCCCACAAGGAGCUGCGCUUCAUCAUAUACACAUUCCCAGUGCUUAGUUUGGUGGCCGCCCGAGGUUGUUCUUUUAUUUUGGCCAACUACAAGAAAUCCUGGAUGUACAAGCUGGGCUCUGUUGUCGUAGUUGUCCAGCUGUUGACAAAUGCAGCGUAUUCUACUCUCUGCCUGUAUAUUUCCCAUCACAAUUACCCAGGAGGCCACGGGAUGCUCCAGCUUCACAGGCUGUUGCCACCCACUGCAGAUGUUUUUGUUCACAUUGACACUUACGCUGCUGAAACUGGAGUGACACGGUUCUUGGAGCUAAACAGACACUGGAGAUACGACAAAAGGGAGGACGUAAAUACCACAAGUCCAGAAGUCAGGACAUACACACACUUACUCAUGGAAGCUGACGUAAAAAAGCUACAGCUACUCCAGGACACCCACCAGCCUGUGGCAUUCGUUGACGGUUACAGUAACCUCGCCUUUGACUUGUUUCACUUCCCUCCUGUCAGUGUGAAACUGCAGCGUAAAGUCGUGCUGAUGGAGAGAAAGACUAAAGCUCAGGAAAACAAGUGACUUUUCGCUGACAAGUUGUCAGAUUAAGAGUUUAGGGGUUUUUGACUGAAUGUGAGUUAAAAGAAACAGUAGUAGUGAUAAUCACCGCUGCAGUUUUUGUUAAAUAAUGCAUAUUUUGUACAACUUUGUUUUAAACAGUGUAGAUAAACCUUACUCCUUAUAAUUGUGCUGCCUUAUUGCAGGCACCUAUUAUUGGCAUAACAAUUGUAAAACAUUUUUACAUAGCAAAUUAAACACAAAAAAAGAAAAAGAUAUUGCAUAUGGAAAACCUUUAUUUACAAAUGACCACAAAAUGUGCAUGGUUCCAGUCUCAAUGCUCAAAACAUUUAUCAAAUUAAGUUCAGAAGUAAUUUAAUAUAAAAUGUACAGUACAUCAUUUUACUCAAUAAACCCAUAAUUUAAUUCCCCUGAACAUAAACUUAAAUUGUGCUUAAGAGAAACUGUAAAUUCCAAACAAACUCAUUAUCCUUAUUCUGAAAAUACAGCAAUUUUGUACAUCUUAUUAAAAACAUUUCACAAGUAAAAAUAUCUAUUUCUAAAUGACAGUACCAUAAGCCACAAAUUCAACAAUGAAAAUUAAAUAACAUUAACUUAAAACAUCUUUCAGUCACAGCAUUUAUUUUUGGACCAUGUUUUCAUUAAGAAAACAAUUCUGCAUCUAUCACAUCCGUAAGAGGAAAAAAAAAAAAAA